AUGAUCGCGUCCGCCGCCUUCGCCUUCUCUGGCGGCGACAGGCCGUGGAUGUCGACCGCCGACACGCCCGCGCAGCGCGCUGCGACGCUCGUGCAGCACAUGACGCUCGCAGAGAAGAUACAGCUCACGCACGGCUCCUGCGGCGGCUACGUCGGCAACGUGUGCGGCAUCGGCCGGCUCGGCGUGCCUGCCAUCAAGAUGAACGACGGGCCGCAGGGCUUCCGCGACAACGCGCACCCGGGCUCGUCCACCGCAUGGCCGUGCAGCCUCGCGAUCGGCGCCACGUUUGACCGCUCUGCCGCCGAAGCGUGGGGCGCGGCGAUGGGCGACGAGUUCUUCCGGAAGGGCGCCAACGUGCAGCUCGGCCCGGGCGUGUGCCUCGCGCGCGUCCCGCGCAACGGGCGCAACUUCGAGUACAUCUCCGGCGAGGACCCGCACCUCGGCUACGAGAUGGUGCAGCCGGCCGUGCGCGGGAUCCAGGGCGCCGGCGUGGUGGCCAACGCAAAGCACUGGGCAAACAACAACCAGGAGACGGAGGACCGCACGUCGGCCGACCUCGAGGAGACGGACCGCACGUCGGUGGACGAGGAGGUCGACGAGCGCACGCAGUUCGAGCUGUACUACCCGCCGUUCGAAGGCGCGAUCGCUGCAGGCGUCGGCUCCGCCGUGUGCUCGUCGUGCGAGAACCCGGAGACGCUGCAGCGGGACCUCAAGGAGCGGCUCGGCUUCCGCGGCUGGGUCAUGUCCGAUUGGGGCGCCACGCACUCCAUGUCGCUCGCGCAGGGCCUCGACCAGGAGAUGCCGGGGGCGGACUUCAUGAACGCCGCCGCCAUCGAGGCGGCGCUCGCCAGCGGCGAGGUCGACGCCUCUCGGAUCGACGACGCCGCCUUGCGCAUCCUGACGCCCCUCUUCGGCGUCGGCGCCUUCGACAUUAACAACACGAACACGCAGCGCAACAAUGUCUCCACGCCCGCCCACACCGCCCUCGCGCGCAGCUUGGCGGCGCGCUCGGUCGUGCUGCUCAAGAACAACGGCGUGCUGCCCCUCGACCGCACGACGCCCCUCCGGGUGGCGCUCUUCGGCAAGACCGCGCGAGCGCCCGUCGUCGGCGGUGGCGGCUCCGGCGCCGUGGCGGAGGGCCCGCGGUCGGACAUCGCCAUCGUCUUCGUCGCGACAAGCAGCGGCGAGGGCAGCGACCGCGCCUCCCUCUCCUUCGACGGCAACGCAGACCUGCUCGUGCGCGCAGUCGCCGCCGCCAAGGGCCGGCGGACAGUCGUCGCGUGCGUCGCGCCCGGCGCCGCGCUGACGCCGUGGGCCGGGGAGGGGCAGCAGAGGUCGACUAGGGGAGUGCUCACGCCGCAUACGGCGUGGACCCAGAGCAUAUGGCAAGAGUACGCCGACGGUCUUGCGGACGUGCUCUUCGGCGACGUCAACCCGUCGGCACAUCUGCCCCUCACGCUGCCGCGGGCGGAGAAUGAGGUCGGCUUCACGGAUGCGAUGUGGCCGGGCGUGGGCGACAAGCAGCGCGUCGCGUCCUACUCCGAGGGGCUACUCGUCGGCUACCGCUGGUACAAUGCGCACAACGCCACCCCCGCCUUCCCGUUCGGGCACGGCCUCUCGUACACCACCUUUGCGCUCGCGGGUCUGCGAGCGAGCCCGACGCGGGUCACCGUCACCGUCACAAACACCGGCCGCCGGCCGGGCGCCGCGGCGCCGCAGCUGUACCUCACCUUCCCUCCCUCUGCGGGCGAGCCGCCGGGGCAGCUUCGCGGCUUCGCGCAGGCGCAGCUCGAGCCGGGGGAGAGCGCGGAGGUGCGGUUCCCGCUGCGGGCGCGCGACAUGUCUGUGUGGAACGCAACCACCCACGCGUGGCAGCUUGUGCACGGCAGCUUCGGAGUGGCGGUCGGGCUCUCGUCGAGGGACGCGGCGGCGCUGCGCGGCGCCUUCCGGAGCCCCUGAGGAGAACCCCGGGGAGGAGCGAGCCUGAGGGGACCCACGCACCGCGGCGCAGCGGGGAGCAGGGGGCCGGCAGAGGAGGCAGCCUCGUGUACCGGCCUCGCUUGGGCACAAUACGCGUCCCUCCGUCGAGUGGCGUCUCUCUCCUCUCCGCUCUAAAAAGGGCGUCUCAGUCAAAAAAGUACACGUCACAUCGACACAAACGCUAGCGCUAUACAAUGGACAGCUGAAGGGCGGGCUUCAAAGACGGUGCGCACAUUCUGAACACCGCACAAACACGUCACAAACUGGACAAUGCACGAGAGCCGGGUGGAGGCGGAGUCGGCAGAGACCACCCGCUCCGGCCGCUGCGGUGAGAGAAAGGUCGAACCGCCUCAGAAUAUCCAGAGAUGCCUCGUGACCAUCUCGUAGAUGGUAUACGCAACCGUCAGGGCGAAAAUCAGCACAACCACAACGCACAAGCCGCACAUCACGCGGUCGGUCUGUCGCUGAGCCACCGCGAUCCGGCCGCCGGCGAUCGACACACGCUUGGAGCCCUCCAUGGCGGAUGCGGCGGAUGCACGGCGGGUGCUCCUCGCAAAGUAGGAGGUGACUCGUGCGGUGAAGCGCGAUCGCGCCAUCUGCCGCUCGAGCGACGGGGGAGUCACCUCCGUCGCGUCUGUGUCCGGCUUUCUGUCGUCGGUCUCCUCCUCCUGCCCUGUCUCCACUGCCUCCAAAUCUGGUGGGGCUUCGGUCCGGGUCGACUCGCCGCGUAGCCACGCCGAGAUCCUGGUCCAGCGGGAGCGCGCCUGCUGGCGCUGCAGCGGCGGCACC